AUGGCCAAGCAUUCCAAGAAAAUUAGAAGAGAAAUUUCACAACCCAAUUGGCCUAAUCUUCCCAGUGGUUUUGUUGAAGCUUGGGAUUUUAAUUGUUCUGUCCCUAGAAAAAUUGUGGACAUUGAAGCUUAUUUUCCUAAAGAAAAGGUUGAAUUUGAAAAGUCUCUGAGUGAUCUUUAUUCUAGCCAAUUUUACUGGGUGGAGUCACUAGGUGAGCACUUGCUUGUUAUAAGGUAUAUUGGUGAGUUUGUUAGGUAUGACAGUGAAGCUGUUCAUGAGGCUGAUUUUGAUGAUGGCCUUCAUGGCUAUUUUAAAGGAGCUAGAGGUCUUAGACAAGGUGACCCUAUGUCCCUGUACUUAUUUGUUUUGGCCAUGGAAAUCCUGGCCAAAAUCUUGGCAGAGAAAGCUAUGAACCCUCUUUUUAAGUUUCAUUGGAAGUGCGACAAGACUAAAAUCAUUAAUCUUUGCUUCGCUGAUGAUCUUAUGAUCUUUAGUAGGGGUGAUGCCUCUAUUGUUAAGCUCAUUAUGGAAUGCCUUAAGGAGUUUUCAUCCUUGUCUGGCCUAAUUCCUAAUCCCAGCAAAAGUAACAUCUACUUUUCUGGUUGUGAUAUGGAGUUGAGAGCUGCUAUUCUUGAGAUUGCUAAGUUUAAUGAAGGGACUCUUCCUGUUAGGAUCACCAAUAGAGUGAAGAGUUGGACCAAUAGAGCUUUAUCUUACGCUGGUAGAAGCCAGCUCAUUCAAUCCAUUCUCUUUUCUAUGCAAGUGUACUGGUCCUCCCUUUUCAUUCUUCCCAAGAAGGUCAUUAGGGAGAUUGAUAGUAUUCUUAGAGCAUUCCUUUGGUCUGGUACUGAUCUUAAAACUCAUAGUGCCAAAAUUGCCUGGGAUUUUGUGUGUGCUCCGAAAAAUGAGGGAGGAUUGGGCUUUAAAUCUUUAGAUAUUUGGAAUAGAGCGGCCAUAGCUAAACACAUUUGGUUUUUGUUUUCUGGGGGUGAGGGAUCGAUGUGGUGUCAGUGGGUCAAAUCCUAUUUAUUAAAGGGGAAGAGUUUCUGGAUAGUUAAGGUUCCUAAUGAUCCCUCUUGGGUGUGGAGAAAAUUAUUGUCUCUUAGGAAGUGGGUUUCCCCACUGAUUAAGCAUAAGAUUGGGUGUGGGGACACCACUUUCCUUUGGUUUGAUAAUUGGCAUCCCAUUGGUCCUCUGUGGAACAAAUUCGGGGAUAGAAUUAUUUAUGACUCUGCCCUUAACAGUGAUACAAAAGUCAGUAAAAUCAUUGAUGGGUCUUCUUGGAAGUGGCCUUUUCCCAACUCUUGGGAAAUUCAGGAGCUAAUCUCCUCUACUCCUGUGUGUUUUCAUCCCAAUCCUUCCAGCACUGAUCAAGCUAUUUGGAAUCUUACCAUUGAUGAAUCCCUAAAGUCAGCUUCAUUGUUUGGGUGGCUCUCCACAAUAGACUUUCCACUAGUGAUAGACUCCAGUGCCAUUGAAGUUGCUUGUAACAUUAAGUGGCCUGUCCUUGGCUGGCCUGAUAGUGUUACAUUUGCUUCUAAGGAGACUAAAGGUAACUCUUUGAGGGUGAAUAUCAUUAGUAAUGCAUUCUUGUGUUCUGUUUACAUGAUCUGGAUUGAGAGAAAUAACAGAAUUUUUAACAAAGAGCUAAAACCUGAAGAGGUGGUCAUUAAAUCUGUUAUCCAUAUGGUUAGAGAUAGAAUGCUGUCACUUAAGAAUAUUCCUAGAUCCAAUGGUGACAAAUGGUAUAUUCGGGUGUCCCAAGUGGAUCUAUCUAUCCUUGAGGGUCGAGUGAUGAAAGUUAAGGAAGCUAAUUUCGAGUGGUGUGAGCCCCUAAACUGUGGGCCGAGUGAUGAGAGUUCCUACAUUGAGUGUGCUGCUGCUAUGUUUUGUCUUUGGUAUCACUGGAUGUACUCACUUCUGAUUUCUUCUACAGGGUCUAUUACAAUGUUUGAGCUUUAUGGUGGCUGCCUGGAUAGGGAUACGUGCUACGUGUCUGAAGGAUGUGGCUGUUAUGAUAUUCCUAUGCUGGGCAGAUUGGGCUGCUGUGGGUCCACUAUAAUGUUUUGA